CUGCCUUAAGAAGCCCCUUGCCCCGAUCCUCUUAAGCCAUCUCCACACCCACUCCUCAUUCUUGGAGAACACACAGAACCUCCAUCGAUCAGAAUGUCUGCAACCACCAUGUCACUCUCUUCCCCAGCCUUUGCCGGCAAGGCAGUGAAGAACCUGCCAUCGUCGUUUCUUUUCGGGGAGGCUCGCGUCACCAUGCGCAAGACAGCGGCAAAGGCCAAGCAGGUCGCCUCCGGCAGCCCGUGGUACGGCUCUGACCGCGUGCUUUACCUCGGCCCGCUUUCUGGCGAGCCCCCGAGCUACCUCACCGGCGAGUUCCCUGGUGACUACGGCUGGGACACUGCUGGGUUAUCAGCCGACCCUAAGACCUUUGCCAAGAACCGUGAACUGGAGGUGAUCCACUGCCGCUGGGCCAUGCUUGGCGCGCUCGGUUGUGUCUUCCCCGAGCUGCUCGCCCGCGAUGGCGUUAAAUUUGGUGAGGCUGUUUGGUUCAAGGCCGGAUCCCAGAUCUUCAGCGAGGGUGGCCUCGACUACCUCGGCAACCCAAGCCUCGUGCACGCGCAAAGCAUCCUUGCCAUCUGGGCAUGUCAGGUCGUGCUUAUGGGCGCCGUCGAGGGUUACCGUAUUGCCGGCGGGCCACUCGGUGAGAUCGUAGACCCGCUCUACCCGGGCGGAAGUUUCGACCCGCUCGGCCUUGCCGACGACCCCGAGGCAUUCGCAGAGCUCAAGGUCAAGGAGAUCAAGAACGGUCGUCUCGCCAUGUUCUCCAUGUUUGGUUUCUUUGUGCAAGCCAUUGUCACCGGCAAGGGUCCACUUGAGAACCUCGCUGAUCACCUCGCCGACCCCGUCAACAACAAUGCUUGGGCAUUCGCCACCAACUUUGUUCCCGGGAAGUAAUCUGCCUUGCUUGCGGUGAGGUGUGUCGUCGUGCGGUCUGAUAUGUACUACCAUGAUGUAAAUUACGAGGAUUCUAUGCAAAAACAUUAUAAGA